ACUCAUUUGUUCCUGAUGACGUGUGAAAUGCUUCGAGUCUCGGCGUUCGGCACGAUCCAACUCGCGACACCGGAGUUGGCGCCCAUCAACAGCCACGGCCCACCUCUCUUGGCCCUUUAUGCGACCAUGUCGGUACGAAAGUCGUGCCGAGAGUCGGGUGAGGAAGAAGAGCUUAACAAGUCUACCCACUCGCCUUCGAAAGACGGGAAAAUAAACGCAUCGCGAACUCUCACGAUGGAUCGCCCGACCCACCCCAAUCUCCCAGGAUCGGAACAAGGGGGAGGAGGAGGCGAUGACGAAGAAGCAGUGGAGCUUGUCCUCUUCCACGCCAACGAAUGCUACGUCUACUUGAUACCGCCCAGGAAGAGCGCAGCAUCUUACAGGGCCGAUGAGUGGAAUGUCAACAAAUGGGCAUGGGAGGGGGUAUUGAAGGUUGUUAGCAAGGGAAAGGAAUGCAUUAUCAGAUUGGAGGAUAAAACAUCAGGGGAAUUAUAUGCUAGAGCAUUCUUGAGAGAGGGAGAACCACAUCCGGUGGAACCUGUUAUUGACAGCAGCAGGUACUUUGUGCUUCGAGUUGAAGAAAAUAUAGGUGGUCGGAAACGACAUGCUUUUAUUGGUAUAGGAUUUAGGGAAAGGACAGAAGCAUAUGAUUUUCAAGCUGCUCUGCAUGACCACAUGAAAUAUCUAGACAAGAAGAAAGUUGCUGAAGAGAUGGAACAACAUUAUCAGACAACGUCAACAGUUGAUUAUAGUCUAAAGGAAGGGGAAACUCUGGUACUUCAGUUGAAAAAUAAAGGAGGUCAAAAGGUAAAGUCUGCAUGUUUGGAGCAGAGCCUGAACAAUCUUUCAUUGGAUGGUAAGACAAAAACCCAAGAAGGUUCUAUUUGCCUGAAACCACCUCCUCCUCCACCUGCACCCCUUUCGCCAGUAAAACCUGCUGAAAGAUCAUCCUUUACUUCAGAGCCAUCUACCACGGAAGACACUGAGUUGCAUUCCAAGGUUGAACUUUCACCCAAAGAAACAUCGAAGAACAUAGAAAGCAGUGCACAAAAUGCCAUAGAUGAUGACUUUGGUGAUUUUCAGGCAGCCGGCUGAUUUUUGUAAUCUGCACCUAUCUUCUGCACUUGGCUCUUGUCGUGUUGAUGUAUCGUUACGUUUUGUGGUCGGUUGGCGUACCAAGACUUGGUGUAAUUAGGAUGGUUGGUUACAGUGAGAUAUAUAACAUUUGCUUUCUUUCAAAUGAUAAUGAGCAAUUGUACUCAAAUAUCAAAGUAAACCCUUGCAUGCUUUUA